UAAUGUAAAAUUGUAUAAAAAAAUAUAUAUACACAUAUAAAAUAUAUAAGAAGACGUAUAAACACAAACUUUUUAUCGCGCAUUUAUUUAUGAUAGGAUACCACCAUACAGUUAUCGAGCAAAACGGUCUGAAAUGUGUUUUUUUCUUCUUUUUUUAACAGUUCAUUUGUGACUUCAAAUUAAGCUAAAAACAACAAUAUUGAUGUGAAUGAACUGUGAGUAUAUGUCCGGUCCCUUGUGCGCAAUACAGUAGUAAGUUGAUGUGUGUUUCGUGUUUGGUUUACUCCCUCCACUAUUGGCGCCGUUUACUAACAUCGUUUACGGUCAGCCAUCGGCAGUCAAAGCACAAUUAGAACCGCGAUAGUCAGUGAACAACUACCGAAAAGUAAACUUCGGUACCACAAACGCCGCCGUUUGUGCAAUCAAAAUAGUGUUGGUAUUGUAGUUGCUUACACAGACACGGAUGGUAUUUGAUCAGUUUUUUCGUGCGAAGCGUUCACCAGCACUCACGGAAAGUCUACGCUGUGGACUAGCCUCGGUUGCUGACUAUGAACGGCGUGUUUGUGAAACGGUUGAUGGCACCGUCGUCGAAUAUUGUCGUGGCGGGGCGGCCAGUGAACGAACCGUGGCACAAAAUCGUGCCGCUUUCGACCGUUUGAUUAUACGGCCCCGAUGUCUGCAGCGUAUUGGGGGCAGUCGAUCCCUGGCAGUGACAUCCUUCGGCGUAAGCUACCGAAUGCCUAUCGGGAUUGCUCCUGUUGCGCUGCAAUGUCUUGCUCAUCCGGAGGGCGAAAAGGCGAUGGCAAAAGCUGCCCGAACACACGGUGUGCCGUUUGUGCUGAGCGUCCUUUCGAGCGUAUCGAUCGAGGAGCUGGCGGAGGCUGUGCCGCGUGCCCCAAAGUGGUUCCAGCUGUACAUCUUCAAAGACCGGGAGCUAACCGAGUGUCUAGUGCGUCGUGCCGAGAAAGCGCGGUUUCGGGCGCUUGUCGUUAGUGUGGAUACACCGGCACCCGGGCUGAGCCGGUCAGAGCGCCGUAAUCCGUUGACGCUGCCGGCAAAGGUUACAUGCGCUAACUUUGUUCCUGGUGGCAAUGGUGCCAACGGAAACGGCAAGGCCAGUCAGCCAUGCUCGGCCAGCGUGCUCGACUACGUGCGCAGUCAGCUUGAUCCUAGCCUCGGAUGGGACGCCAUACAAUGGCUAAUGAGCAUCACAACGCUACCAGUCAUCGUGAAGGGCAUUCUUAAUCGAGCAGAUGCCCUCAUUGCUGCAGACAUUGGCGUGCAUGGAUUGAUUGUGUCCAACAGUGGAGGCCGCCAGCUCGAUUAUGCACCUGCUGCGAUUGAAGUAUUACCAGAGAUAGUGCAUGCUGUUGGAAACCGGUUAGAGGUAAUGCUAGAUAGUGGUGUUAGCCAAGGUACGGACGCGUUCAAAGCCCUAGCAAUUGGUGCACGAAUGGUAUUUGUCGGUCGUGCCGCGGUGUACGGACUGGCCGUUAAUGGACAGCGAGGCGUGGAAGAAGUACUAGACAUUCUGAAAACCGAGCUAGAGUCAACGAUGCUCAAUGCGGGAUGUGGUACGUUGGCUGAUGUGACACCACAGCACGUUUGCCAUGAGGUGCAGCUGUACUAUCCAUCUGCAGUAGAUCGAAUGAGGAGCUCCUGGCGAGGUGACAGCUUUCGCAGCGAUCGUUACCGAACGCGCGAUCGUAGAAGCAAUGCUGAAACGGUCGACACGGACACAAUUCAGGAUGCGGAACAGGAUGAUGUAGAGCAAGCAGGAAUGCGAAAAAUUACGGAAAAUGCAUCUGAACGAGGGGUAACCUUUCAGCAGCGCUGCAUCGAUACAGCGGUUAGUGAUGCGCAACCAUGUGCGGAGACUAAGCACCAUUUAUCCAAAUUUACUGUAACUGCACCUCCUCCAUAUCGCAACGUUCCUUUGCAGCUUAGCGUACCUCGAGGAAUAUACCGGUCCAACACGAACAACCUGUCGAAGUGUAAUGGCAACGUUGCGUCCGCAUGUCCAUCGGACGGUAAUAUACGAACAGCAAGAACCGUAAUCAACAGAAAAGAUAACCCGCAAAGACGCUUCAAAUCCCACUCUCUGCAAAAUCUUUGUGCUGUGAGCAAUGAAAAUUGUAAUAACUAACCAAUGCGAUGGUAUAAUAAACAAUA